GGGUGAAGGCCUGGAGAGAGAAAGAGCUACUCCUGGUGGGGUGGACUGGGGAGCGGGAGAGGAUGGGAAGGAAAAAGAGGAGCAGAGGAGCAGAGGAGCAGAGACUGGGCCUCUGGCUAGGUGGGCUGGUUUGGGAAGAAAGAGUGGCAGAGAGACUUUCUGCUCCAGACAGAGGGGAUGUGGAAACUGAGGCCUGGUCAGGCAGGGAUGUGGGGAAUGCCCGGGUCCUGACACUUCAGGGCUUGGAAGGCCAGGCCGCAUAACUACUGAAGCAGACCCCAGGCUCCCCCUAAUGGAGCGCUCACCACGCUCCCUUGUACAAGCCUUGGGCCUGAGAGGCCCAGGAUAGGGCUGGCUGCGCAGGGCAGGGGCACCAGCCUCGGCUGUGUGAGGAUGAUUUGGGAGAGACUUUCCUGCGAAGGGCUGCAUCUUUCCUCUGGGUCAGAGGCCAGAAGGGAAGAGCAAGACCAGGAAGGGCCUGGUAUGAGGAGCCCAUGGGAGCGAGGCUGUCGGCAGCUCUGAGCUGAUGCUAAGGGCCUGGGAGGGCCUUAGCAUACCGAGGGCCAGAAGCCAGACAGGGUGCCUCCUAAGAGUGGCUGUGCCGGCAGAUGCAGACAGUACUUGUGACUAACAUGGUAUUUUAGGUAUGAGGUUAUGUGUGGUGGCUGGAGGUGAGCUUCUUGAACCCUACUGCCUUAAACUAGUGCUGGUAGAGCCAACUGGAGAGGGAGGCCACCUGAAGUGGGGGCCUCAGACCAUGGGCCUGAUGGGUGGGGCAGAGACAAUAGGCAGGCAGCCCCAGGCAGAGGUCCUGCUGGUACAUCGGGCCUCAGGCAGGGCCAGGACAGCCAGGCCUCCUGUGUGGGCUUGACCCACCAGGGAGAAAUCCCUGGGGACGCUGGGCAGGGCAGAGAGAGGUGCUGAGCAGGACCAGCUGGCUGCCGGUGCCCUGGUCCUCGCCCUCUGUGAGUGGAAGGGUGGGGGUGGCGGCACAGCGUUCCUGGCUGGGAGCCCAGAGGAGUCUUUUGUAAUCACAACAUGAUCUCGUGUGCUGAGCAGCGAAGCCGGCAGGGAGAGGCCAGCAGAGGCGGCUCCGGCAGCUCCGGCUUCCCUCCUGCUCUGGCUCCCAGGGCUGCUCUGGAAUUCUCUCCGGUGCCCGCUGUUGCCAUGUACCCAGCUGGGCCUCACAGAGCCGAGUCCCUGAUGAGCAGGCAGGAGGACAAGGAUGCAGAGCUGGAUCGCAGGAUCACCGCCCUGCGCAAGAAGAACCAGGCCUUACUACGCAGGUACCAGGAGAUCCAGGAAGACCGUCGGCAGGCGGAGCAGGGGGGCAUGGCCGUGACCACGCCAGGGCUCCUCCUACCGGACAGCCUCACCGUCACCAUCAGCCAGGUUCCUGGCGAGAAGCGGGUGGUCAGCAGGAACUGGGUAAGGAGCCCUCUUGGACCUGGAGUAGCCAAUGAGGUGCCCGAGGAUGAGGAUGGAGAGGACCACGGGGCUACAUUCUGCUUGGGGAAGCGAGUGGAACUGGCCGUGACCAUGGAAAACAAAGCCAAGGCGAAACGGAUCGUGAGUGAGAAGCCCACUAGAGCAAGGAGCCAGGGUGCAGAUGGGUCACCUGGAGGAGGCUGGAGCCAGAGCGCUCCCAUGCAGAUGGCCCUCGGCUCAGAUUCUGGUCGGAAGGGUGCCCGGGAACCCCGCAGUCCGGGCGUGGUCUCAAGCCCAGCCCCCCGGCAGCCAGUUGGGGCGGCCCCGGACACCACGGGCUGGGACUAUGCACAGUGGAAGCAGGAGCGCGAGCAGAUUGACCUGGCCCGCCUUGCCCGGCACAGAGACGCACAGGGUGACUGGCGCCGCCCGUGGGACCUGGACAAGGCCAAGCCCACGCUACAGGACUGCAGCAAGUCCCGGGACGAGGGUCCAGCUAGGGUGGGCGGCCGAAAGGCUCUUUCCAGGUUCUGGCCCCUGCAGGCCCCAGGAAGCCGUCCCUGGGUCUUUCCAGGAGCUUCUCCCCAUCAGGUGAAAGGCCUGUGGCCCUGGCCUGCUACAGGAACAGCCCUGUGGAUUUCUGGCCCUCUCAUUCUACACGCAAGAAGGCUGGGGCUUGCCCAGGUGGCUGGUCAAGUCAACCAGCCAGGUUUCAGGGGCCAACGGAAGCUACAGCCCCCACUCUUGUCCCCUGAUGGAAAAGGUCGGGGUGGACAGCCUGGCAGACCUUCUGUGGUGCCAGCCACAGGCAGCAAACCCCGGGGGAAGGACAGGCUGACUGGCAGGGCCCGAAGGUGGGAAACAAAGGAAGAUGAGGAGGAGCUGCAGAGUCAUGAGGGAAGCCAGAGCACCAGAAAGCCUUCAGGGGCAGAGGAACAGCAUGCACAGAAGCAGAGCGACACAGAGUUGGGUGGACUGGAGGGGAGCCUGGCAACCAGCCCAGUCCUGGCCUCCCCAGAGGGGCCGAAAGGGGAGUCAGGAGCCUUGACAGCCAGCUCGGCCCCUGGCUCGCCACACAACACUGAGCUGGCUCCUCUUGACCUCUCUCUAGGGGGAACCAGAAGCCCCAGGCCUGGAGAGAGUACAUGUAUGCUCAGUCCAGUGCCUGGGGCCCCGGGGAGCCCAGUGUCCCUGCCAGAUGGCUCCCAGCAGCAGCCCCUGGAGGGUAAUGACCACCCGUCUGGGCUGGAAGUCCAGACUUCCUCUGGCCCAGAGAAAGGAGCAGGGGCCUUAGAGUCCAGAGAGGACAGGGCUGGCAAAGCUGGGACCCAGCAGAGCCUGGCUCCAAGAAGCAGGCCCCCCAGAGGAACUGGUCAAAGAGCAAGAGGCACAGGUGUGAGGAGCAGGACAGGGGGGCCUGGCCCUUAGGGAAGAUGCUGAGUGUGGCUCACAGGAGCUGGGAGCUGUGGUAGGGAGGAGGGGGAAGCUCAGUCAGGAGUCUUCUGAUGGUGGGUGCCUGGUUGCUGGUGGCUUGUGCCAGCCUGGCUGAGCAGUGUGGCAAACUCCUCAGAGGGCCACCUCCCACCCUCACAUGCAGGCUUAGGCUCUGGCCUAUUGCUAUGCUGAGACCAGAUAUCCAAGGCUGGCUCCCUGACCUGCGCCCACUGCUCCCAGGUCACAAGCCUUUUCCACCAUGGUGACAGAACAAGGCUCAUUAGCCCCCAGCACCCUGUUUUCCAGGCUACUCAUUGUGUCUAGGGCCUGGCUUCGCUCUCUGGCCGCAGGCUGCUGCCUCCUCCAGUCCAGGCAGGCCCACAGCCAGCAUGGCAAGCCCAGGCCCAGGUCCUUUCCAUGCUCCUUGCUCUCACGUAGGUGACUCACAGUCCCAGAUUCCCAGGAUGGCCAAGCCCGGAGGAACUCAGCCAUCACUUGCCAGCCUCCUACCUCUCCUAAAGAGACCUCUGAAGCCGGUUGGCAGGGACUGGGCUGGGAGCAGAGUAGGCUGUGAAAAGGAGGCUGUGUGGAAAGGCCUCCUCUCCGAAAUAGGGCAGGCUGGGGAGGGGACACCUUCUGAACCUAUGGCAGGUGGCAGAGCUCGCCAGCAGACACUCCCCUCCCCCAUGCCAGGUCAGACUUCAUGUGCACCCAGAACGGAGACCAGGGCCUGGCCCUGCUGCCUAGGGUAAUUUCCUGCCCUCUCUUCCUCCUUCUUCCCCUCCUGCUGCACCAAGGCUGUGCCAAAGCAAGGAAUCAGACAGAGACAGAGACCCAAGAGACAGACGGACAUUGACUCGAGCUAAGUAGGAGAUCAGGUCUUAUCUUUCCUACUUAGUCUCUCCCCACCCCCCCGCCCUGGCCCAUGUCUGGUGAGUUAUCCAGACUCUGCACAAGCUGUGGCUUCCUUUCAAUUCAACAAACAUUUCCUGAGCACCCUCUACCAGUAAUCCAGCCGGUGGGCGACGGUGGCUUUGCCAACAAGAGGGAGGGAAGAAACCCAGUCAUAGGCAGCUCUAGGCUGAACAGCAGGAACUGUUCUUGGCCGUAGGCGCCUGACAGCGCUGGGGGCAGGACAGUGGAAGGAGCCGGAGGGGAAACAGCCAUCUCUGCUUGGUGGAGGCAGCUGCUCCUCUUUUAUGUGACCCAUGCCCUUUGAACCCUGGCCCUUGCCUGGGACACGUGGCCCCUUCUGCUCCCCUCCUCCCUGGCCCUGCAUGGGUCUUCCUGAGAGGCUGGUGGACCUCAUAGGUCCUCCAAGGCUCUAGGGAGAGUCCAGAUUGUCCCCAGGAUGUCAGUACAGUUACCCAUGAGGUCAGAGCUGUGGGGUGGCAGCUCAGUCUUCUGCCCUGGCUCUUGGCUCCUCCCCCACCCUCUACUCAGGAAAGGGAGACACCUUCCCGUGCUUUCCUGUGAAGUCAGGCAGGUUCUGGAGAAGGCCUGAAAGUGAGGCCUGCUGCUCCUGCUGGUUCCUGGACUCCACCUUUUGAGCAGUAAGGGUCUAGAUGAAAAGGAGAGGAGGGCUGGGAGAGAAGGCAGAUCUAACAGGCAGGUUGCUGGCUGUAUAGGAGCAGGGAAGGGCUACUCCUGCCUGGUGCAGCAGGCGUCUUGGUUUCAGAGUGGAAUGGAAAGCAAGCUUCCUGGGAACAUCUUCAGAAAGCAGUGAGGGUGGUGCCAACUCUGUGCAGAGCACCAAGGCGCUGGUCAGGGAUGUUAGGAGGUGAAAGGGUGGAAGCGGCAGUGUGGGCUUGGACAGAGUUUGGGAAGGCUUGGAAAUAUCCCAUGCACCUGGGACACAUCUGGGCCGGGGUGAAGACUCCUAGCUCAAGCUUCCCUCUCGUCAUCUAGUGAGAAGUUUACAGCCUUGGAGCACAGGCCCUGGAGCUCAUUACUCCCAAAGGAUAAGGCUAGGGGUACAGGUUCAGAGCCCUUGAGUCCAGAUGUCUCUGAAAAUGAUUUCAGUCAAAACUUUGAAUUCUGGACUGGGGAUGUAGCUCUGUGGUGGAGCACAUGCUUAGCGUGAGGGAGGCCCUGGGUUUGAAAUCCAGUAGCACAUCAAAAACAAAAAAGGAGAGAAUUUGAGUUCUAAAUUCACAGUUGUAUCCCACAGAGCCAAAGCUCCCAGCUGUACAGAUAUGCCUUCAUUAAAGGGUGCAGGUUAAGGCAUGUCUGACCGUGGAAAGAGAAUGGAGAAAUUGGGCACAGCCCUGGCUUGGCUCUCAGAAAGGGACCAAAGCAGGAGGAAAAGUUGGGCAGCAGGGCUUGGAGGAUGUGGCCCUUCUCUUCAUGGGGUAGCACCCAAAAACUCUUAGGAGAAAGGGUGCCCUGAGGCCAGGAGAAGAGAGAAUAGCGCAGGAUGGCAUCGCUGCAGGAAGAUGGUAGUGCAGGGAGAUACCUUGAGCUUCUCCUGGGAAAGGAGCGCUCUUCUGCAAAAUAAGGGAACUGGAACCAGCUGUGGAGGAGGAAGCAUAGUCACCCUCCAUAGUGCAUGGAGUCGUGACAAGCUGGUCAUAUCUCUUCCUGGCUUUGACCCUUCUUCUCGGAUGCCCUUACCCUUUCCAACCAUCAGACAAGACUACUCUUCAAAGGCCUUCAUUAAACUUGGCUAUCAGGAACCUAGACAUAGGGCCAGAAGAGCUGAGCAAGGAGGGGACACAAGAGUAGGAAGGAGCCAGCAGGGAAAGCACAUCUGUACUAAGGCCUUGAGACAAGAGGAAUGAAAAGGCAGAGGCCUCUCUGUCCCAGACCCAUCUCACAUAGCAGGAAGAAAACAGUAGACCAGACACAAGAAAGCCAUGUGUUUUGAUGACAGGCAGCAUGGUAGAGUGGAACGAGCACUGGCCUUGGCAUCUAACAGACUGAAUCUGAACCCUAGGCCCGCCACCUGUCAGCUCAGUGACUCUGGCCAAUCUUAACCUGUAAGGCCUCAGUCUCCUUGCAAAGUGACAUCUACCUUGAAGAGUUGUUGAGAAAAUGAAAGUUUGUGAAAUAUACCUGGCAUGCCGUAGACACUCCAGGCUGCUUACCUGGCACUCGGAAGGCACUCGGUGAAAAUCUGUUGAAUAAACAAAGUGGCUAUUUGGUGUGA